AUCUCCCUUUAUCCCGGGAUGAUUUAUUUUUAAACAAUAUGCACAUUAGGUGAUUGGUUUUUUAUGCGUUGUCGUUGUGAACGAAAAGAACGUUGCGAAGCUACGAGGAAAGAUCGGAGUGGAGGUGUGCGUGUUUGUGAGGUCACUCUUCCAUGACGUCAUCAUACGUCACUUGGACUCCUUACAAGUGUGGACAACAUUGCCAUGUCUGUUAUAUCAGCGGAUGUUAUAAGCACUGUCAUUUCAUGUACGGCGAACUUGCUCAACUUCUGUAGUUGUUGAGGAAUGUUCUGGUGGGCGUCAUUUCGCUUUCGUGUUAAUGGAAUCGUGCAAAUAACCGAAAGUGAUUAUUGCAAGUGGAAACUCGAUCACAUGCUGGGCAGCUGGCUGGCUGGCUGGCUCUCCUAAAGCCAGCCAGAGCUGCCAGGCUUAGUUAAGUUGGUACUUGGAUGGUUGUAGUCACUAGUCAGCCAGAGCAGUCAACACCAUCACCAGCAUACACGCCAGUCUAGUGGGACUGUGCGUUUCGAAACAACCUUGACACUCUCCUUGGAUCGCAGCUCGAAAUACCUGUUGUAUCUACGACGGAACCGUCGGUGGUGGUAAAAGUGAGAGCUCAGUUCCUGAAGAAAAUAUGGGGUGUAAGUGCCGCCUCUUGCCGCUGACGUGUUUGUUAUUAUUUACGAUAGACGGCAGAUUGACCAGUGGCAGCCCAGAUGUGUGCCCCGUGACCUCGAUGUCUAUUGAAUUAAAGAACGCGGAACAUUUCCUAGUGCAUGUGCCUACAAGUACGCAGUCUGUCUCUUUCGAUUUCAGGCCCCACAACUGCACUCAGAGUGAAAACGUGCUUUUGAACAGUGUGCCGAGUGUCAGGCACAACGCCUUCGUCGAUGAGUAUGGUGUAAAGUGGCUCCAAAUCACUUGCGGGAUCAAAACUGGAAAGCUGAACGUGGUAGUCAAUGGCAAAGUUUGCACUCAAGGGGAGACGACCUACAGCCCCGAUUGCGACCAAAACGAUUUUAGCAUCGUCUUUACAUCUCAUGUGAAGGUAGCGAAAUUCUGCAAUGGCCCACCGCCUGCUGCUGCCGACCCCUUCAGCACUUGUGAAAACGUUGACGAUUUCUGGCGAGAGAGCGAUGAGAAAUGGUCCCAUACUAACGGAGAAAGGCGGACUUAUUCCACCUAUUCCACGUCCUUUCGUGGGGGCCAUGUCAUCUUUAUUCCGGUGGGCGCCAUCCUUUUCCUCCUUUCUGUGUGCCUGAGAUUUUGUCUGUGUCAUCGCAAGAAGUUCGUUCAGCGCGUCAGGACCGUCACUGUUGUCAGGCGCGUCCCCGUGGCGUCUCAAGAUUUCGUUCAUGUGACAGAGCCUACGUCCCCGGACCCAACCGAUCUCCCGCCUUCUUACGUCGACAUUGAGAACGAGGUCCCUCCGCCACCCUACUCCGACGUCUCCGCCAGCAGCUCAGGCCUAAUGACGGAGAGCCUUCGGGAUGGGCAAGCGACCGACCAUUCUCCUUCUUCUUCCCCCGGCGAUCACACUCCAGCAGAGAAUUCGACAGGAACCGACAGUAACGUUGCUGAGAAAGACACAAGAUCGACCUUGUCUCGUAUGCUAGCUGCUGCAGGUUCCAAGUCCCUAAAGUCACAGUUCUCUUUCCGCCCCAUGAAAGAAGAGGAGGAAUAAGAGAGGUGCCGAUGUAAACGCGAACUUUAUUCGACGCAAAUAAACGGCUUUUCGAAAACCCAUUCUCCGGUCGCCCUGAGGUCCAGGAAAAGGUGCCGUUACGUAAGCACGAGAAGACCCAAGUCAUAGAAAUCUCUCCCAGCGGUUUCUCCAUCAUACAACAUCGCCUGUUUAUUUGUAGUUAUUUUUUAAUCUUCUUGUCCUCACGUUUAGGAACAAGUCAUGUUCGCCACUGCUAUAUCAGUGCUUAUUUGUGAACGAGAUCGGCAAAGUUUUAUGUUCACUUGUUCCGUGAUAGAGAGAUGGUUGUGGUCUGGAGGUGCCGGUUAGCCAUAUAGGUCCCUUUUUUCUUCUUUCGUGUUUGUGUUUUCUUUAUUCGUCCUGAUAAGAAUUCAGUUAAUAAUCCUCGAGCGUUGUUCCGAAUGGUAAUGGUGGGACCACGGCGUGCUGAAGAAUUAAAUUGAAUGGUUUGAGAGAGUUCGUUCAUUAGCCAGUUGUGCGUUCAGACGACAAAGAUAAUUUUGUCUUCGUUAUCGUUAUAUGAUAUGAUUGUUCCUGUGUCUGCAAUAACGCAAUGAUGUUCGUUUCGUUAAACAUCAUGUGCGUAUUGACAUCUGAAGAGACGUUGGGUAGCUUGAAAAUACUCACGUCAAACCGAACUUCCUUGUAGGCCUAUUAUUAUUUUGAGUCACAGAGACUCAGUGGUUUAUUUCUUAACGUUUGCUAGCUAAAUUCUAAACUUGGAAGACAGACUUUCCCCAUUUCUUUUCUCUUAACUGCAAAAGUUAUUUUAGAUGAAGAAGUCAGCACGAUUUGAAACACUGUCCGAAUUAAUUGAGGUCAGUGUGUUCAGGAAAGUUGGAAUGAAAAAAUGGGGAAUAGUAAUAGGCUAUAGCUCCAAACAGAGCGUGGGUUUAUUCAAAUAGAUACCAUUAGAAUUCUAGUCUGAAACGCAGCAUUUUACAGAUAGGCCUAUGAGCAGCACAAUUUUUAUGAACCGAUAAAUAACUUAUCUAAAAUUCAUCUUUUUUAUAUAUUUUUCUGUAUGUUAUUAGUAAAAAAUGAGUUUAGUUCAACGUUCGGUAGUCUUAUAACUUGUGCCUUUCUUGUGUUUAUAUGUUCUUCGUUGUUUGCUCAAGUGUUUGUGGCGCGUUCAAUUCAACUCACGUUUGAUGGAUGGAAAGAACGAACUUUGGGAGGAUGAAGGUCCCCUUCAGUUUAUCAGACAUAGGCAGUCUUCAAUAAGUAAAUAAAAAUAAAACAUUGCUUUAAAGAUUAGUGUGACGGCAUAGUGCCUUUUGGCCCAUACCUUUCUGCACUCCAGAAUCGUGUAACAAAAAGGUAAUGUACACAACUUUUGUGAUAAUUACGCCCUGUGAUAUUUCUGCUUACUUCCACGAUUUCUCUCCAGGUAGUAACUCGAGCUUGUAAUGUUUCGUUUCUUAUGCAUUAAUUGUAAGUGUUUAUUGUGCUGUGCUGCUGCUCACAUGACGCCAUGGCGCCUUCCAAAUGAAUUUUAACUGUGGAGAUGGCUAAAAAAAACCAGUGGUAAAUUCGUUACUAUUCAGUCCUCUCGUAAGAACAAGGUUGCGUUUCCCGUUCUGCAAGUGAUCAACUUGUUACGUGUUGCUGUGCUUGUGUUGUGAAAAUAAACUUCUAUUUUUUUUAGGGCAGGGUUUAAUAUUUAGGUAAGAAUAGAGUGAAAACCAUUUUCCUAAUGUUUCGUCUCUUCCAUAUCGUCAGUUAUAUUGUUGUUGUCGCUUUAUUAACUUUGUCAUAGGCGUAGGUUUUUAUAUAUUUUAUUAUAAUUAAUCUUUACAGUUCAGUAUUCAUGAAUCGACAGUUCUUUUUUUAAGUAAUGAUUAUUUUCUUGCGAUGGAUGUUGUUCAUGAACCUUACAAAAGAAAGUGACUCGAUGUAAUACUAGUACUAUUAUUAGUAAGAAGAUGAUGAUGUCUCUGCAGCGGAUCAUCCAAAUGAGUAAUUAGAGACCAAUGUAAUACACAGAUUUGGUUUAACUUUUAUAUUUUCCAUGUUUAGACUAUAUUCUCUUGCAUCUGAAAAGCUUUAAUUUUGGUUCCUGAGAGACAUCAUUCAAACGAUAGGAUAGGAUAUUAACAUUUGUUCACAAAUACUGUUCGACUAAUUCAUUCAACAAUAAACAGUAAAACUAGAA